AUGCCUCCUUCAGCUUCUAAACAAAAACGCCUUGCUGAGAAGGCAGCUAAGAAGGCAGCUGCUGAACCAAAAGGCGAUGAUUCGACCUCCGGCACCCCCACAGGUUCAACGCUGCAAUCUCGCAACGGCAGUAGCACCAACACGCCAAUGACAAACCUUAGCGCUGCCAAUAGCCAAGAGAACCUCACGAUUACGACUAUGGCAAAGCUGAACAUUGCGACGGACAGGAGCGCAGCUGGUGUACUUGUUUCCGAUGUGAAAGGGCGAGAUAUCAAGAUCGAUGCAUACACAUUGUCUUUCCAUGGUCGACUGCUCUUCGAAAACGCCGAAAUUCAGCUCAACUACGGCCAAAGAUACGGCUUGUUAGGACAAAAUGGCUCUGGAAAGUCAACCUUCCUUCAAUCCAUUGCUGCGCGUGAUAUCGAAAUACCACCACACAUCGACAUAUACCUUGUUUCGGGCGAAGCAGAGCCGUCAGAGACAAAUGCGGUCGAUUUCAUUGUGGCUUCAGCCCGGGCUAAGGUAGCGAAACUGGAAGCUCAUAUCGAGCAGCUUUCAAUGGCGGACGACGUGGACGAGCUGGCGCUUGAUGCUGCGUAUGAACAACUCGAAGAAAUGGACCCAUCCACGUUCGAAACGAAAGCGGGCAGCAUUCUCCACGGAUUAGGCUUCUCUCAAACGAUGAUGAAGAAGCCCACUAAGGACAUGAGCGGUGGUUGGCGCAUGCGUGUCGCACUUGCUCGUGCACUCUUCGUUAAACCACAUUUACUCCUCCUCGAUGAGCCCACGAAUCAUCUUGACCUCGGGGCGGUCGUAUGGCUCGAAGCUUAUCUGAGCACCUAUAAUCACAUUCUCGUCAUCACCAGUCAUUCCCAGGAUUUCAUGGACAGUGUGUGUACCAAUAUCAUGGACCUAACGCCGAAAAAAAAGAUGGUCUACUACACGGGCAACUACACAACAUAUGUUCGCACCAAGCAGGAAAAUGAGGUCAAUCAGAUGAAGGCGUACCACAAGCAACAGGAAGAAAUCGCUCAUAUAAAAAAGCCAGUUCCUGUUUGCGCACAGUUUAUUGCGUCGGCGGGAACAUACGCCAACCUUGUUCGACAAGCUAAGUCGAAGCAAAAGAUUAUCGACAAGAUGGAAGCAGCCGGUUUGAUAGAGAAGAUUGAAGUUGGCAAGCCAUUGCGUUUCAACUUCGAGGACGUCAAAAAACUGCCACCCCCGAUCAUUGCUUUUGACAGGGUAGCCUUCUCGUAUUCGGGGGCCAAGAAGGACUAUCUGUACGAAAACUUAAGUUUUGGUAUUGAUAUGGACGCACGAGUAGCCAUUCUCGGUGCCAACGGAACGGGCAAGUCGACGUUAUUACAUCUGAUUACUGGCGCUCUACAGCCUGUGGAGGGAACGGUAUCCAAACAUGCUGCACUCAAAUUGGCGAAAUACUCGCAACACAGUGCGGACCAACUACCCUACGACUCUUCCCCCAUCGAAUACUUCCAGCAGCUAUUCUCUCAGCGAUUCCCGGAGAUCGACUUACAGGGUUGGCGGUCACAACUUGGCCGGUUCGGUCUCUCGGGUGCUCAUCAAACCGCCCCGAUCAAACAGUUAUCGGAUGGUUUGCGCAAUCGAGUCGUUUUUGCGCAGUUGGCGAUGGAACACCCUCACAUCCUCCUCCUUGACGAACCAACGAAUCAUUUGGAUAUGGAGUCCAUUGAUGCGCUCGCGCGGGCUAUCAAAGAAUUCGAAGGCGGGGUGGUUAUUGUAUCGCACGACUUCCGGCUGAUUUCGCAAGUGGCGGAAGAGCUUUGGGAGGUCGCCGACCAUACCAUCAAAAAUCUGACCAAAAUGGACAUUAGCAUCAUGGAUUACAAGAAAAAUUUGGUCAAGCAGAGUAAUGCGGCAAUUGAAAAGGCAAAGCUUUUUAGUAAAUCAACCGGGGGGAGAGGCAGGGCAUAA